CCUUUUCACUUGUGGACACAAUUGUGAACCAAAAGAAAAAAAAAAGAAAGGGCAUUACUCUCCAGAAUUCACCAACAGCAAUGGCUAGUGGUACUGUAGAGGUUUUGCCUCCGACAUUGGAUGCUACUGCUGAGCAACCCCCUCUCUUUGAUGGAACUACCAGGUUGUAUAUUGGUUAUACUUGCCCUUUUGCACAGCGUGUGUGGAUCACCAGGAAUUAUAAGGGGUUGCAAGACAAGAUUAAAUUGGUUCCUUUGAACCUUCAAAACAAACCUGUUUGGUACAAGGAAAAAGUUUACCCUGAAAACAAGGUGCCCGCCUUGGAGCAUAAUGGGAAAAUCAUUGGGGAGAGUCUUGAUCUAAUUAAAUAUGUUGAUAGCAACUUUGAAGGACCUUCUCUUUUACCUAAUGAUCCUGAGAAAAAGAAGUUCUUUGAGGAGUUGUUAUCAUAUCUGGACACCUUCGUACGGACAGUGUUUACUUCGUUUAAAGGGGACCCGGCAAAAGAAGUUGGUGCUGUUUUUGAUUACGUAGAAAAUGCUCUUCAGAAAUUUGAUGAUGGUCCAUUCUUCCUUGGCCAGUUUAGUCUGGCGGACAUUGCCUACAUUCCUUUUGUUGAAAGAUUCCAGAUCUUCUUAUUGGAGGUGUUUCAGUACGACAUCAUAGCAGGCCGGCCUAAACUGGCAGCAUGGAUUGAGGAGAUGAACAAGAUUGACACCUAUAAGCAGACAAAAACCGAUCCAAAAGAACUAGUGGCAUUUUAUAAGAAGCAUUUCUCGGUCCAAAAGUGAACUUGCUGCCAUCUUAAGAUACAUACGUGAUGAUAAGCUCAGUGUUUCCUCAGUGUUGUUUGUUUUUUCUUCUUUCUGUCCAAAGCUAUGGUGUUCUUGUGUCAGUGUCAAAGACUUUGUACUUGUACUUGCCAUCUACAUAAAUAAAUUUGAAGCACUGAGAUGAUGUGUUGAAUUUGGCUGUUCAUAUAA